GCAGGUGUCCCGGAUGUGAUUGUGGGUGGGGGCGGCCGCGGGGCUGAGCUUCACUCCUCGGCAGAUCGGAGCUCGGCUCAGUGUGUGCGGGUGUGAGAUGGAUCGAGGGCGCUCCUUCGACUAGCACAGUCUGCUCGAGACGCUUUUAAAACCGCUCUGAUCGUAGACGCGAUCGGGUCUCCGAAAAACCAUAGGGAAAAAAGACGAAAGCAGCAACAAAAAAAACGAAUAAGUAGCCCAUCUUUCACAUCCACUCCACACACACUAACACGGCAUUGAUGGUAAUGUAUGCAAGGAAACAACCGAGACUCAGUGAUGGGUGCAACGACAGAAGGGAUCCCCAGUCCUAUCAGACUCUUAAAUACCCAUCAAAGAGCCACCCAGGCAAUGAUCACCGCCAUGAGAAGAUGCGCGGCGACUCGGACCCUACUCCUCCCUGCAAAGUGCUUCGCCGGUCAGACAGCCCCGAGAACCGGCAUGGUGACGGCAUGUCACAGAACAGGGCAAAAGCCAUCCAGUCACAUCGGGUCAGAGAGAGAGAUGGAGGGACCAGUUAUUCUCCUCAAGAAAAUUCACACAAUCACAGUACUUUUCAUAGCUCAAAUUCACACUCUAACCCAAGCAAAACAUCAGACAUAGUAAAAUCUUCUGCGGUAGACAAGCCAGCGACCCACCCCUGCAGCACCCAACCCUCCCCCGCUUCUGGUCUGAACCCGUCAGCCGCCCCACAGGGCUCGUCAGCCCCCACUGUGCCCGUCUCUCCUGUCCCCCAGUCCCCGGCAGCGCCGCCUCCGCUCCUCCAGGACCCCAACAUCCUGCGCCAGCUGCUGCCAGCACUUCAGGCCACACUGCAGCUAAACAACACCAGCGUGGACAUGUCCAAGAUCAGUGAAGUCCUUACAGCUGCGGUCACACAAGCUUCACUGCAAUCAAUGCUUCAUAAGAUCCUCACAGCUGGACCAUCUGCCUUCAACAUCACCCCUCUGCUUUCGCAAGCUGCACAGCUGUCUACACAAGCCCAGCAAUCGAGUCAGUCUCCGAUGUCGCUAACGUCUGACGCCUCGUCGCCGAGGUCAUACGUCUCUCCGCGGAUAAGUACGCCACAGACGAACACCAUUCCCAAGCCCGUGCUGAGCACGCCUCCCGUGUCGUCGCAGCCUAAGGUUAGCACGCCGGCAGCGAAGUCGGGACCGGUUCCACAGGUGGUGCCGGCAUCUCAGCCGCCUGUCAGCGUGGAGAAACCGGGGCACGAAGCUGCCUCCCCACGCACAUUUCAGCGGCACAGUUGCCAGAGGAGUCCCUCCCCGGGCUUGGACCACAUCGCUAGUGGCAGCAGCAGCAACAGUGUGAGCAUCGUAGCUCCCGACGUCCCUGUGAAACCCGUGUGUUCACUGACGCCUUCUCUGGUGGCUCACUUCAAUGAAAAUCUCAUCAAACACGUCCAGGGCUGGCCGGCCGACGCUGCGGAGAAGCAGGCAUCCAGAUUACGCGAAGAGGCUCACAACAUGGGCAGCAUCUACAUGUCCGAAAACUGCACAGAGCUGAAAAACUUGCGGUCCUUAGUUCGGGUUUGUGAAAUCCAGGCUACAUUACGCGAGCAGAGGAUAUUAUUUUUGAGACAGCAAAUUAAGGAACUUGAAAAGCUGAAGAACCAGAAUUCCUUUAUGGUCUGAGACCCCGGAGGAGCAGAAGACAUUGCACAUGGCGUAUUGGACCCCCCCCACCCCCACCCCUCCCCUGAGAUUGGUGUUCCAAGCCUCAGAACCUGGUGUUCUGAGCCCGGUCUUAACACUUUCAAGCAGCCACUGUGCCGGCUUUGGACCGUUGGGCUGGGAUGGGGGGUGGGGGGGUGGGCUGGGUUGUGGGGCUUGGGCCACAGGGAAAGGGUGGCUUUAGCAGAGGGGGUGGUAAUAUGCUUUCUGAAGCCCUCCAUUUAGUUUGUUCCCCCUUCCUUCCUUUGGAUGUAUUCAUGUUGUAAAUAUGUUUUGUAGAGUGAAGCCAUGAAAACCCAUGCGAAUUCAGCUUUGACACCCAAACUAAUCAGCGCUCUGGUGGCUAAAUGCAUAGCCUUUCUACAUGUUAACUUGUCUGCAGAUGUUGCGCUUUCGUCAGUAGGUCUGUGAACCAUUGCCUGGAGUCUGCGUGAGCAGCUGCAUGCGAGCUGUGCAGCACUUAUGGCGUCUCUGAAACUGGCUCAUCUUUUUAAUAACUAUUAAACAAUCUAUCUGUUCGCUGCCUUUGACAGGACUCCAGUUUGUUUUUUUGUUUUUUUAACUCCUCCCAUCUCCUAUUCAGAUGGCCAUGAUGGAUAAUCCCCCCCCCCCCAAUUACCAUUUUGGUAGACUUGAUGCCUGGUAGCAAUGGCUCAGAAAUGCAUCCGACCACCAAGCUAGAAUUUUCCUAGAAAUAAAACCAGUGCCUAAUGGUUUGAAGUCAUGGGACCCCCUCCCCACACCCCAGUGUUCACUGGAGCAGUACAUUUGUAACUCAGGAGUGAGGAGCAUUCCCAAAGCUGCCCCUGCUCCCGCCUGUGCUGAACACAGCACAGAUCUCAGUCCUGUGUGGGAGGGUGCUGUUGGCCUGAACACUCAGAGCACAGAUCUCAGCCCUGUGUGGGAGGGUGCUGUUGGCCUGAACACUCCCACUCUUUAGGGAUAUUUUGUUUGAGAGUUUUUUCUUUAAUACACGAUUGUUUGACUCCUCUGGGUCAAACGAAAUUUCAUUCCUUUGUACAGUUGCUACAAUUAAUAAUGGGAUAAAAUGUUAUUGAAGUUAAAUUAUUUCGACACUUGGUCCCUUUCGCCCUCUAUUGGCGUACUGGGGUCACUGGAGACACCCCGGACAGAUCCGUCACUUAAAAUCAAGCUACACUCGAUAGCCUAUUAGCUUUGUGAGGACGCAGAUGUUUAGUUUGUAUUGUAAUAAGGUGAAGUAAAGCGAGCAGGGGUUUUUAAGCGGUCAGGUUUUCGCACUGCAGAGCCCAUUCUGAAUUUGAUUCCCCAUAUUUCUUGAGUAUCGUAACUUUUUCUGUUCAAUUUUUUUUGUACGCAAAAUGACGGCGGGAUGAAAGCGCCUGACCUGACAUCGCACUGUUUUGUGUUUGUCUUUAGCUUUAUCGUCCUGCUCAGAACUUCUUUCUCGAAUGGGGCAUUUGUAAAUGUGACUCAAGAUACAACUGACCACAAAUCAGCAUCAAACACACGAGUAGCCUACGUCUGGUUGGACUGUACACCGCUGUUCAGAAAUUAGUGGAGAAGCUCGGCUUUGUAUAUUGUUUCCUAAAGUAUAUUAAAAAUAAAAAAAUAUGCUACCACGGG